UCCCCUCUGCUACUGCCUUCAGUGUGUGAGCUCAGAUUUCUGCCUGCCCAGCCUGCGCCUCUGUCUCCCUCCCAGUCUGCCUCAGUCAGCUGCAGCCAUGCAAACCUCCAGGCAAACCACCUACUCCGUGCGCUCCUCCAGCAGCAGGCCGUCCGCUGUGUCGGCCAGCCGUGCCUCCCUCCCUGUCUACAGGGCCUCCAGCAUCCAUGGAGGCGCCGGGGGGAGCCGCAUCAGCGUGUCCUCCAGCAUGCGCUCCUCUCUGGGGGCUGGGAUGUCCUCUGGAGCGGGGGGCUUCUCCAGCGGCGUCCAGGUGUGCGGGAACAGCGCAGACAUCAUGGGAAACGAGAAGUUUGCCAUGCAGAACCUGAACGACCGCCUGGCAAACUACCUGGAGACGGUGAGGAACUUGGAGCAGGCCAACCACAAGUUGGAGAUCAAGAUCAAGGAGGCCCUGGAGAAGAGUGGCCCCGACUUCAGAGACUACAGCAAGUACCAGAGCAUCAUAAACGACCUGAGGAAGAAGGUAUUCGAUGCGACCACUGAUAACGCUCGCCUUGUCCUGAACAUCGACAACGCUCGCCUGGCCGCCGAUGACUUCAGAGUGAAAUACGAGUCUGAGCUGUCCAUCCGCCAGUCCGUGGAGGCCGACAUUGUAGGGCUGAGGAAGCUCAUUGAUGACACCAACCUGAGCCGCAUGAACCUGGAGAGUGAGAUCGAAGCCCUGAAGGAAGAGCUCAUCCACCUCAAGAAGAACCACGACAAUGAAGUUAUGGAGCUUCGUACCCAGGUCUCACAGUCAGGAGUCCACGUUGACAUCGACGCUCCUAAGGGUCAAGAUCUGGCACAGAUCAUGGCAGAAAUCAGGGCCAAGUAUGAAAAGAUGGCACUGAAAAACCAGGAAGAGCUGAAAGCGUGGCACGAAACUCAGAUAAUCGAAGUCCAGACUCAAGUGUCACAGAGCACAGAAGCCCUGAAGGGCGCGCAGACGGAGAUGAACGACCUGCGCAGACAGAUUCAAACCCUGGAGAUCGAGCUGGAUUCACAGAGGAACCUGAAAGGCUCGAUGGAGGGCACGCUGAGGGAAACGGAGAUGCGUUACAGCAUGGAGGUCGAGUCGCUCAACAGCAUCAUGCUGGGCCUGGAGGCAGAGCUUACGCAGCUGCGGAACAAGAUCCAGCUGCAGACGCAAGACUAUGAGGCUCUGCUCAACAUCAAGAUGAAACUGGAGGCAGAAAUCGCCACCUACAGACGGCUGCUGGACGGAGAAGACUUCAGGCUCCAGGAUGCUCUGGAGGAGCAGAAAACCGUGAAAACCAAAGUGAUGACCGUCACACAAACCCUGGUGGACGGCAAGGUGGUUUCCUCCAGCACAGAGACCAAGAACCUCUAAGACCAGCAGUGAAACCUUUUCUUUGUCAUUUCAUGUUUAAGAUAAGCCUGCAGACAGAGUAUACGACCAUUUUCACUUCUUGGUGACGGCAGAUGCAGAAAACAAAUAAACAAGGCCAAAUCAGAAGCAUCUUUAUUUAUUUCAUCAUGGUUUAUUUAUGUGGGGUGACCUGCAACCGUUUACAAACGUUCAGAGGAGGGGACAGCAAAGAUCCAGAGAAACUUCCAGAAAAAACAAACUCCUUUUUCUUUUUUACAUUUUCAUCAUCAUCUUUGUUUUUCUUCUGUCCGGUCUGCCGGCUGUUCUGAGCUGAUGAAACAUUUCAAUAAAUACAUUUGGACAUA